UUAUUGGACUUUUUUUUUGGGGGGGGGGGGGGACAAAAUGCAAUCAUGGAAAGUUAAUAUGCGCCCACUUUGUCUUUUUCUCCCGCUGCAGUGACGUUCCAGAGAGUCGACGGUGGCCUGAUGAGCAAUGGGAGCCGGCCAGGCCUACUGAACGCCAGCGACCCGGGCUACCCCUGGUUGGCCGACUCCUGGCCCGCCUCCAGCUUGCCCGUCAACAGCACCUCCGGGGGACCCAACGAUCUCGGCAAUUUUGGCCGGGGAGACAUCCAGGGGGACAAGACGGGCACCAUGCUGUCGGACGGCGCCAUCUACAGCAGCAUCGAUUUCACCACCAAAGGCAACUACGGCAGCCCGGGCCAAGCGUCGCAGGCCACGCCGUACGCCACCACUCAGAUCCUGCACUCGGGCAGCAUCCACGAGCUGGCCGUGGAGCUGCCCGAGGCCCAGUGGAAGGCCUCGCUCCAGGCCAAGCAGGAGAUGGCCAACCUGGGCUACUCGCUGCCCGACAAGAACUCCUGCAACAACACCCUCCUUUUCAUUCCCGACUACCGACUGACCGACGGGCUGUCUAAUCGAAUUCCGCACAACCACUCGCAAGAUUUCAGCACCACCAGCUCUCACAACAGCUCAGAGCGAAGCGGCAGCCUCUCAGGUGGCAAAGGAGGAAAGAAGAAGAAGACCAAGGCCGGUUCCAAAGCCCCGAAAGCCACCGGCUCCACCUGGGCCAAUGUUCCCUUACCCCCUCCCCCCAUCCACCCGCUUCCGGGCACCGACAUGGACCACUACCCCAACGAGCACCACGAAGCAGGAGGAUAUGAGGGCGACGGCUGGGGUCCGCCGAUGCCGGUGCAGACGUACCUCCACCAGGGCAUGGAGGACGAGCUGGAGGAAGAGGAGGAGCGGGUGCCCACCCCGCCCGUCCGCGGGGUGGCCUCCUCCCCGGCCGCCGUCUCUUUCGGCCAGCAGUCGACGGCCACCCUCACACCGUCGCCGAGGGACGAGAUGCAGCCCAUGCUGCAGGCCCAUCUGGACGAGCUGACGCGAGCCUACCAAAUGGACGUGGCCAAGCAGACGUGGCACGUGCAAGUGGGGUCCCUUCCCCCACAGGCCCCGGCGCCUCCGGUAGGCUACGUGUCAAGCACAAUGGUGUCCGACCUGGAGACGGACCUGGCGGACGAGGACGACGAGGAAGAUGACGACGAGGAAGACGAAGGCUACGGGGCCAGGCAUCCCCGAGGAAUCGAGCACACGCCCGGUUCCAGCAUGGACAACCUGGACAGCUCUUUGACGGGCUCCAUGGCCAACGGCUGGGGCUCGGCCUCGGAGGACGAGCGCAAUUUCUCCAGCCGGCGCUCCAGCGUGGCCAGCUCGUCGGACGGCUCCAUCUUUACCCACUGCAGCUUUGCGCAGGCCCUGGUGGCCGCCGCCGACAAGGCGGGCUACCGGCUGGACGGCACCAGCCUCAGCAAGCGCGGCCGCUGUAAAAGAGACAAAGGCGCGCCUCACAGGCAGCGGCCCGGCAGCCCGUUCUCCACAGAUGGCAGCACAGUGGGAACGCACAGCCUGGGCCACCAGAGGGCCGCCAGGCCGCCGCGCAAACCCCGCAACCAGGCCUCGGCGCCCCACCGCAGAGACGCCGCUGCGGACGACCUACCUCCCCCUCCCGAGCCCCCGCCCGGCCAGGGCCAGGCCCGAGCCCAGACGGGCCGCUGCAUCAACAGCAUGAUCCCGCCUCCGGAGAGGAAGGCCACGUCGCUGGAGCGCCCGCCCAUGUCGGGACCGCCGUCCGGAACGGCGGACGACAGGCAGAUGGCGCGCGCCACUCUGGAGCAUCACCGCCAGGCUCAGGAGCGGCUGGGCUCCGACGACGCCCGGCGAAUUCACAAAAAUGAGGAGGGCUGCCUGCCGUACCACCGACCGUCCUUCCCGUCGCCGGGCGGCCACAGCUCGUCGGGCACGGCCUCCUCCAAGGGCUCGACGGGGCCCCGCAAGCAGGAAGGCCCGCGCCAGCCGCAGCAGUGGACGGCCAUGGAGCACGCCGACUUCCUGGGCGCCAACGGACAAGGGCAGUACUCAGGAGAGCUAUAGUGUUUCACCUGGAUGAGAUCUUCAAAAAAAAAAAGUAAUGGUUGAGUCCCCCCGCCCCCAUUUUGUCAAGGGCAACGACGACUGUCAACCGGAGCGGCGGGCUGUCGGAAGUGUACAUGGAAGUGUCCGCGUAUGAUGUAUAGACACAGACAUAUUGUACAUCUCACUAUGGUUUUUGUCUUUGAGGAAAAUUUGGACUGUGUGGUUUUUUUUUUUGUGUCCAACAAAGCACACAAUUUCCGGUGAGCGCCCUUUUCUAACCUCAACUUUCCUUGUAAAUAUCUUCUUUUAACUUGCUGUUGCUAUGCAAGCCUCCAACAGUUUUUUUGGUUUGUUUUUUUUGUUUUAUUAUUGUACUAUAUGUGAAUGGUGUGGCUGCUGUGCCAUAAAAUUGUCAUUUUUUCCCCCCGAAAGAAUCUGUUAAUAGUCACUAUUAAUUAUUGUAAUAUUAUUAUAAUUAUUGUUUAGGUUUUUUUUUUUUUUUUGCACUGCAACUUUUGGUGAUAAGCACAAAAAAAAGACCAUAGCUCCUGCUGACAUGAAGGUGAUGAUGUGAAGAGGAGUUUCUGUACUAUAAAGAGAAGACGAAGAGAAUUAUAUCGUGCAAAAUGUACAGAGAUGUCUUGUUUAAAAAAAAAUAAAAAAAAUUGGCGAGGCAGCCAGGAAACUCGAAGAGGAAACUGUCACUUUAACGCAACGAAUUAUUCAUUUGGGAGUUGUUGUUGUUUUUUUUUUAACGCAGUUUUGAACGAUUUGACCACACUGAUGUGGUGUUUCGGCACUUGCGCAAAUGUGGAGCGUCCAAUUGUUUACAUGUCAAUUUGAUUUUUUGGAAUGAAUAUUUUGGGUUUAUUUUUAGGGAGCACUUGACCGCUUUGCUCCUCAACUGAUGUUCAGUCGCCCUCAUCCGAGAGACGCCCGUCUGCAGUUGUGACGAGGUUUUUUUGGGAAGUGACAUGUCUCUCACACACACACACACACACACACGCAUGCACGCAGCUGUUUACCGACUACUAAAUUGUGCUGCUUUUUACCAGUUUUUAUCUUUCUUGAAAGAUUCACGUUCUGAUAUAUUUUUUUUCUUUUAUCACAACAAAAGUCAUUUGUCAAAUUGGAAUAAUUCAAAAUAAAAAGUCUAAUUCACGGAAAUGUUUGUAGUUGUAAUUUUUCCAUUGAUUAAUAUUCAAAAUAAACGCCAAGAAUUCUUAAGACUUAGAUUUUUGUUGUAAUAUUGCACUUUUAUUCAUUGAACUUAAAAAAAAAGUACUUCUAGUUGCUAUUUUAUGCCCCUACCCUCGAAAAUUGUUUUUAAUUUUCCUCAGCUGAAUUUUACAAGAAAAAUCUGUAAUAUUUUGACAAAAGCUUAAAAAUACCCAAUGGGAAUCAAGUUGCAAUUUUCGACCAAUCAAGUUGUAAUAUGGGGCAAAAUAUUGCGAGGCUAAACUUGUCACUUUUUAUGGUCUUCCUUUAAGAAGCUUCCAAUUCUGCAGACACACAUGCACGCGGCAUCAGAUGAUGUUGUGCUUGUUUCUUUGCCUUCGACCAAAUCUCUGCUGCUCAACAUUUUUUGUGCUUUGAUCAUUUCUUUUGUGUGUGUUUUUUUUUUUUUUUUUUUUUUGCUGUUAAAGGGUUGCAAGGUUGUCGUGACGUCACUUCAUUCAUUUCAACGGGCACAGAGGCCAGUGUUUUCUGGAAAUGAGGUGCAUGAGAGUAUCUCAGGUUCUUUUACAUUCUGCUGGUGUUGAUGUAUAUACGUGUAUAUUUAUAUCUGUAUACAUAGACAUUCUAUCCAGAAUGCGGUGCCCCACAUUCAGACAAAAAAAAAAAAAAGACCAAA